CUCUCCUGUUCCUUGUCCUCCUUCGUGGUCAAGCUAUUAUGGCCGGAGCUUCCCCAAUCGCAUUGUAGUGAGCUCCGAAGCCGUGUCGAAGGUAAGUCACGGUGCGGAUUUGGUAGCGCUAGCGGAUGCACACGUUGUAGAGUCGAAAUGCCCAGCAGGUGCGAGAGGUGCUCGAAGAAGACGCGGAUGUGAGGUGCGUGCGUAGGUCUGCAUCAGGUGGCAAGGGUAGCAGUCUUGUGGAGGCAGGCGGUCGGAUUCGUUGCUUAGGUUGUUUUUUUUUUUAUUUUUCGGUGGAAGCGCUUCGGAAGUAUUCCCAAUGGAUGACUACGACUAUGGCGAAGUGGAGAAUGUGGGAGUUGUGAAGAAGAAGGUUUCCAAGUCGAAGCCAGCAGGAGAGAAAGUUGCUAAAGCUCCUAAGGUCGCCAAAUUACCGCUUCAGUCUAGUUCUGGUUUCAACAUUGACGUCAAUGAUGUUGACGUUAAGGCGGUCAAGACUACUAAGCGUGAGCCUCAGAAUGACAAAUCUAUCGAGGAAACGUAUCAAAAGAAAACCCAGCUUGAGCACAUACUGUUAAGGCCCGAUACUUAUGUUGGAAGCAUUGAGAAGCAUACCCAAUCGCUUUGGGUAUAUGAGGACGAGAAGAUGGUUAACCGGAGCGUGACAUUUGUCCCUGGGUUGUACAAGAUAUUCGAUGAAAUCCUGGUGAAUGCUGCUGAUAACAAGCAGCGUGAUCCUUCCAUGGACACCGUUAAGGUUGAGAUCGACGUAGAAAAUAAUUUCAUCAGCGUGUUCAACAAUGGUGAUGGUGUGCCUGUUGAGAUUCACAAAGAAGAAGGCGUAUACGUUCCCGAGAUGAUUUUUGGACAUCUUCUGACCAGCAGUAAUUACAAUGACUCUGAGAAGAAAACUACUGGUGGUCGUAAUGGAUACGGAGCCAAGCUUGCUAAUAUCUUUUCUACAGAAUUCACGAUUGAAACUGCGGACGGAAAACGUCUCAGGCGGUACAAACAGGUAUUUACCAAUAACAUGAGUCUCAAAUCUGAACCCAAGAUCACCACAUGCAAGGCUAACGAGAACUGGACGAAAGUUUCAUUCAAACCAGAUCUUUCCAAAUUUAACAUGACGCAUCUCGAGAGUGAUGUCGUUGCUCUCAUGAGCAAGCGUGUAAUGGAUGUAGCUGGUUGCUUGGGAAAGGGUUGUAAAGUUGAACUCAAUGGCAAGCGUCUUCCCAUCAAGUCGUUUCAAGACUAUGUUGGUCUAUAUCUCUCUGUUGCAAAUGCCGGUCGAGAAGAGCCACUGCCGAGGAUUUAUGAAAGAGUAAGCGACCGGUGGGAGGUGUGUGUUAGUCUGAGCGAUGGACAAUUCAAUCAGGUGAGCUUCUGUAAUAGUAUUGCCACGAUCAGAGGAGGAACCCAUGUCGCUUAUGUGACGGACCAGAUUGUUACUCACGUCCUGGCUCUGGUGAACAAGAAAAACAAGACAGCUGGCGUGAAGCCCUUCCAAAUUAAAAAUCACAUGUGGGUUUUUGUCAAUGCACUUAUUGACAAUCCCACAUUUGACUCACAAACGAAAGAGACGCUUACCACUCGUGCUAGUAGCUUUGGGUCCAAGUGUGAACUCUCACCUGAAUUCUUGAAGAAAGUUGCGAAAUGCGGAGUUGUAGAGAAUGUGUUAACUUGGGCUGACUUCAAGCAGAGCAAAGAGCUUAAGAAGAAUGAUGGAGCUAAACGACAACGCAUUACUGGCAUCCCUAAACUUGAUGAUGCGAAUGACGCCGGUGGUAAAUCUUCGGAGAAGUGUACGCUCAUUCUCACAGAAGGUGACUCCGCGAAAGCUCUCGCUAUGAGUGGUAUUAGCGUCGUGGGUCGUGAUAAAUACGGAGUAUUCCCAUUACGAGGAAAGCUUCUCAACGUGAGGGAAGCCAGCCAUAAGCAAAUUAUGGAGAAUGCUGAAAUUACGAACAUCAAGCGCAUCCUAGGGCUUCAGCAUGGCAAAGAUUAUGACAGUACUAAAUCGUUGAGAUAUGGUCAUCUAAUGAUCAUGACUGAUCAGGAUCACGAUGGGUCCCACAUCAAAGGAUUGUUGAUUAACUUUAUUCACUCUUUCUGGCCGUCACUGCUCAAGAUUCCUUCGUUUCUUGUGGAGUUCAUCACCCCAAUUGUUAAGGCAACCAAUAAGCAAAAGACGCUCUCAUUUUAUACGAUGCCUGAGUAUGAAGCAUGGAAAGAAUCUCUGAAUGGUGAAACUAAAGGAUGGACUAUCAAAUACUAUAAGGGUCUGGGUACGUCAACUUCGAAAGAAGGAAAAGAAUACUUCCGGGAACUUGUAAAGCAUAAAAAGGAUUUCAAGUGGGAAAGUGAAAUGGAUGGUGACGCUAUUGAGAUGGCGUUUAGUAAGAAAAAGAUUGAAGCUCGUAAGACAUGGUUGCGGCACUAUGAGCCUGGCACUUUCCUUGACAUGACCGCGGAGAAGAUCAAUUACCGUGAUUUCGUGAACAAGGAACUUAUUCUCUUCUCCAUGGCUGACCUUGCAAGAUCUAUUCCGUCCAUGGUGGAUGGAUUGAAGCCUGGCCAGCGGAAAAUCCUGUUCUGCUGUUUCAAGAGGAACUUUGUCACGCAAGCCAAGGUAGCGCAAUUUUCCGGUUACGUGUCAGAACAUUCAGCUUACCAUCACGGAGAGGCGAGUUUAGCCAGCACCAUUAUUGGGAUGGCCCAAAACUUCGUUGGAAGCAACAACAUCAAUCUCCUUUCCCCAGAGGGUCAAUUUGGAACGCGUGAGCAGGGAGGAAAAAACCACGCUAGCCCACGUUACAUUUUCACAUGUUUAGCACCGAUUACCCGCGCUCUAUUUCCUCAAGCAGACGAUGUCCUUCUUGACUACUUGAAAGAGGACGGGCAAUCCAUAGAGCCCACUUGGUAUUGUCCCAUCAUUCCUCUGGUGCUUGUCAAUGGUAGCGAAGGUAUCGGAACUGGCUGGAGCUCCUUUGUGCCGAACUACAACCCAAGAGAAAUUGUGGCCAACCUUCGCCGCCUCCUUGCAGGCCAGGAAAUGGAACCAAUGCACCCGUGGUACAAAGGCUUCAAGGGGUCCAUUGAGUGCUCAGCAACGAAGGAUAGUGGUUUCACGUAUACCAUCACGGGUGCAAUUGAUCAAAUCGAUGAAACAACCAUCAAAAUUUCCGAGCUUCCUGUACGGAAGUGGACACAAGAUUACAAGGAGUUCCUUGAUGUCAUGAUGACACCUUCUGACAAGAACAAGGAGCCUUUCAUUAAGGAUUUUCGUGAACACAACACUGAUACGAAGGUACAUUUUGAGCUUUCGCUUUCAGAAGAGAAUAUGGCUAUAGCUCUGGCUGAGGGCCUCGUGAAGAAAUUCAAGCUCACUACCACAAUAAGCACCAGCAACAUGCAUUUGUUCGAUAACAAGGGAAUCAUCAAGAAAUAUGAUACUCCAGAGCAAAUUCUCGAGGAAUUCUUUCAUAUCCGCCUGGACAUGUAUGUAAAGAGGAAGGCAGUCCAAUUGCAAAACCUGGAGUAUGAGCUGCACAAGGUCGACAACAAAGUGCGGUUUAUCCUUGGCGUGGUGAAGGGGGAAAUAAUUGUGAACAAUCGCAAGCGUGCAGAUUUACUCGCUGAUCUACAGAAGAAAGGCUUCACUCCAUUUCCUAAGAAAUCCAAAUCCUCUGAUCCUCCUGUCGUUGGGGCAGAUCCCCUCCCAGAAGACGAUGAACAAGAUGAAAAGGUGAAAGGUAUCAGAGCUGCAGACUACGAGUAUCUUCUCUCUAUGCCUAUUGGAACGUUGACAUUUGAGAAAGUUCAACAACUUCGUGGUCAGCGUGACAAGAUGGAAGGGGAAGUGGAAGAACUCAAGAAAGCAACUCCAGAAGCUUUGUGGAUAAAAGAUUUAGAUGAAUUUCUCGUGAAAUUGGAUGCCCAGGAAGCACAAGAGGAGGUCGAUGCAGUGUAUGAAGCUAAGCACUCUGCCAAGGAGGGCAACCAAGCUUUCAAAAAACCUGCUCCCAGGAAGCAGACCGCUCCUAAAGCCAAGAAGACCGAACCUGUGGACGAGAAUUUUCCUGUGCCAGCUCCAUCUUCUCCAGUUGCCCAUGAGGAUACCAAGCCUGCGACGACCAAGCCUGCGACCAACAAAGCUGCACCUAAACCUCGGGCAAAGGCAGCCGCCAAAAAGCCUGCCAAAGUAGUUGAGCUGGAUGACAGCGACGAUGAGGACUUCACUGCAAGCUUACGUGACCGCUUGGCCUCGUAUAACUCGAAAGUUUCCCAACCCAGCGUUGUCAUAGAGGAUGUCAAGGAGCCUCAGGUUGAAGAAGUCAAAGUGAACAAGCCUGCUCCCAGACGACUCCAGAAAGCCGGAGCGAAAACUUCAUUAUCGCCUCCACCGAGCCCACCUGAGUCAGUGAUAUCUCCAGAGAAGCUGAAGCCAGCUGUGAAGGUGCGCAAAAUUGCAGUUUCACCACUUAACAGAAAGACCAAAGCUUUGACAUCCAAACAAGUCAUCCAGGCCGUAGAGGCUGAGGCAGCGUCCAGACCAGCCCGAGUUGGUCGUCGGAAAGUGCAGUAUGUCAUCAGUGAUAGCAGCAGUGAAGAUACGAAGGACGACAGUGACGACGCUAUUUCGGACUUCUCGGACACCGAGAGUUUCUGAGUCGUAGAUACUGUAAUGUAAAAAACAGACCUGACAACUCUUUCAGGAGCAUAUUUGCAUUGUCAGUCGGACAUGCAAUGUUGCGUUGUAGCAGCUUACACACUACUAGUUGGUCAUCGGUGAUGACCUGUAUCAUAACGUCUGGGUUCUUCUACCCAAGACAUUCAUUACCGAUGCCAAGUAAAAAAACUCCUCUAACCAAUUCCGACACAUAUGGUUACCAUUCGAAUGGGAUUCCGCCGAUACUCGGGCUUGGUAACUGUAUCAUUUUCUCUUAACAUAAGGUACCUCUCUUUUUUUUGUCCUCAA